AUGGCCAUGGGCUCUCCCGUGCCCUCUACCCGAUGGAAGCCACACCACCGGGAUGGCUCAAAUUUUUUCGGUUCAUUGACUGGGACGUGUUCCAUGAACAUGACUAGUAUCCCAUCCGUGGCAAACUUCUCGUCAACCCUUCCGUCUCCCACUGGACAAAGACUACAGUAUGUGGCCGUCGGACGUGGCAUUCAAAAUUAUACAUGUGACCCCAGUGACCCCAGUGCUCCUUCCGCAACCCCUGCAGCUAUCGGUGCCGUUGCUGCUUUGUAUAACGCCAACUGCAUUGUACAAAACUACGCCCACAUGAUCGAUAAAAUCCCCGACAUCCUGCUUCAGUUCUCGAUCAACAGCACCAAGGACGAAAUCUUAGCAUCGGAUUCACCAAACGUUUUGGGCCAUCACCGGUUCGGGAACUCGACCACUGCGGUGUUUGAUCUGAAUACCGCAAGCCACGAAUACGGCCAGGUGAUUGCACACAAGGCUGAUUCUAUGAAUGCGCCCAACAUAUCCCCACUUGGUCAAUCUCCGAGUGCAAAUGGAGCGGUGGCAUGGCUGUAUCUGCUGCCGAGUGCUGAUUCGACGGCGGAUGUAACCAGCGUUUACCGGACGCACACGGCUGGUGGAAAUGCACCAGCGACCUGUGAGGGGCAGAAAGGAGGCACUUUGUCGGUUGAGUAUGCAGCGAUGUAUUGGUUCUUCACCAAAUGA